UAGAUGAGUUCAAUUCACGCAUGAUGUUUUUGUAUUUACGUAAAUUUACAUAUUGAUGGAUAUUCAACAUGGAUUUUUAUGUGAUAAAUGGAACAUGAAAUUAUCUUAUCUCUAUCUACUCAUUUGAAUAAAAUUCAUUUAUGCCCAUCAUUAUUGAUUUAGCAUUAGGCCUAUGUGUCAAAUAAAUAUAUACAAAUUUCUAAACCUUGGAAAAGUCAUAAAAAUUAUAAAAAAACAACUUUUUUCCCAGAUCAUGGCUGCUGGAACUGACGAAGAACGUAUUCGCCGAAUGCUUCAUGAGCUAGAUGAGGGUGGAGAAUCUGACGCAGAUGAAGAAGAUAUUCUGGAGGGGAUAUUCUCUGAUAACAGCGAUGAUGACCCAGACUUCCAGCCCAGCAAUGAAGGCCAGAUUAUUGAUGAAGCUACAAAGAUUCAACACAUCGAGCAAGCUUAUCAACAAACUGAAAAGCAGAAGAGGAAGAAGAAAAGACCACGCCUUGAGGAGUCCCAAUCGUCAUCAUCAUCUAAAGUCACAGAUAAGGUAGAGAGUGAAAUAUCUAAGCUAAGGAUAGUGCCACCUGUAGAAGAGCUUAUUGGAAAAAAAGGUUUUACAUGGAAAACCAAAGAAGUUGGAUCCAACAAAGGUAAGACAAGAGAUAAGAACAUUGUCCAUGUUAGACCAGGCCCCACACAAAAAAUCGAUCCUGACCCAGAGAAAUGUUUUAAUUUGCUACUAUCUGACAACAUUCUCGAUGAAAUUUUCCUUAGGACAAAUGAAGAAAUAGUGAGGCAGAGGAAAAAUUACAAAGUUGUGAAUGCAACAUUGAAGGAUGUUUGUAAAGAAGAGCUGAUUGGACUUUCACUCUUGACUGCGGCUCUAAAUAAUAAUCAUUUAUCAGCCGAGUUAUUAUUCGAUUCAAAGUCCAGUGGUGAUCUUUAUCGAGCUACAAUGACUGCCGAAAGAUUUCUGUUUUUGAUCAAUUGUAUACGAUUUGAUGAUCGUGAAACAAGGAAUGAACGUCGCGAAGAAUCCAAACUGGCACCAAUAAAAAAUGUUUGGGACUUAUUUGUAAUGAACUGUGCUGAAAAUUAUCAGCCGAGUUCGUUUUGCACAAUUGACGAACAGUUGGUAGGAUUCCGUGGCAGAUGCCCAUUCCAUGUAUACAUGCCAAAAAAACCAAAUCAGUAUGGGAUAAAAGUACUUAUGAUUUGUGACAAUGACACUAAAUACAUGUUCAAUGCUAUUCCUUACCUGGGGAAAGGUUCAUCGCCGGAAGGAGUUGUUUCAACACAUUAUUUUGUUGAGAAAUUGGUUGAGAGCUUGAAAGGAUCGCAUAGGAACAUAACAAUGGAUAAUUGGUUUGUGAGCAUCCCAUUAUUCGAGAAGCUUCUGAAAGAAUACGGUUUAUCAGCAAUAGGCACGAUAAAGAAAAAUAAGCCUGAACUGCCCUCUGAAUUCGUUGACAUAAAGUAUCAGAAUAGAAAUGUGGACUCUUUGCUUUUUUUAUUUUCCGACAACCUAACGGCAGUGUCUUACAAGCCAGAAGCAAAUAAGCUCGUAACACUGAUUUCGACCAUGCAUGAUGAUGGAACAGUGGAUGAAAAGUCAAAAAAGCCAGACAUUAUACUAGCAUAUAAUGAAACAAAAGGAGCAGUUGACACUCUCGAUCAGAUGUGUCAACAUAUGAGCUGCAGCAGGAAGACACGAAGAUGGCCACUCUGCUUGUUUUAUAAUAUUCUGAACUUGUCAAGUGUAAACUCGUACGUGAUUUAUGUGCACCAAUUUUUUAGGAAUUCGCCAAAUUCCAAAAAGGUCGGACUUUCCAGGCAAGAGUUCCUACUGCAUCUUCACAGUCAACUGAAAACGCUGUGGAUUACGCGCUGUCGAGCUGAGACUCCCACACUAAGGAGAGAGCUGAAAACGACCAUUGAUAAAGUGCUCGGUACAGAAGAGCCACAUUCUGAGAAAGCUCAGAAAGGAGAAAGAAAGUACUGCGGUUUAUGCCAUUAUAGGAAGAGGAGGUUUACCACCACCUAUUGCUCAAAAUGCAAUAAGCCAAUUUGUGGUGAGCAUCAGGUAAAAAUGUGCCCAGGAUGCAAGUAA